GGGGAGGCCAGCUGGGAGGAGCCCCCCCCUCCCCCCCCUCGUUCUCGGUGACUGUGAAUCCCCGUCCGCCGCAGUGUAUGGAGAGCUCCCCGCACAGACACACCGAUCAGACACUUCCCGGACCGAGACACCGCGUCCUUCACCCGGCCAUAGAAGGACUAUUUGUGGGCGCUGAUCUCACCCUCCCCUCCUCCUCCUCCUCCUGUGACAACAGCUGAGGCUUUACCAGGGACCUCCGAUAUGAACUGCCCAACUCAUGACUGGCAAAGCCACCCACAGUGUGCUCUACUCCUGGAAGGGGGUUCUCUUCACAUGCCUGGCAGGGAGUGACCCCAAGAAAAGGAAAGAUAUGAGCCGUCAGACUGCUGCAGCCAUCCCAACUGGUACCUCCAAGUGUCCACCUUCUCAGCGGGUGCCAGCUUUGACAGGAACAACGGCUUCCAACAAUGAUUUGGCGAGCCUCUUCGAAUGCCCCGUGUGCUUUGACUAUGUCUUGCCACCGAUCCUCCAGUGUCAAAGCGGACAUCUCGUGUGUAGCAACUGUCGCCCGAAGCUCACAUGCUGCCCGACCUGCCGGGGCCCUUUGGGGUCCAUCCGCAACUUGGCGAUGGAAAAAGUCGCAAACUCUGUCCUCUUCCCCUGCAAAUACGCUUCCUCGGGUUGCGAGGUGACGUUGCCGCACACGGAGAAGGCGGACCACGAAGAGCUGUGCGAAUUCCGACCGUAUUCGUGUCCCUGCCCGGGGGCUUCUUGUAAAUGGCAGGGUUCCCUGGACGCAGUGAUGCCUCACCUCAUGCACCAGCAUAAAUCCAUCACGACGUUACAAGGGGAGGAUAUAGUGUUUCUCGCCACGGACAUCAACCUACCGGGUGCCGUUGACUGGGUCAUGAUGCAGUCCUGUUUCGGCUUUCAUUUCAUGUUGGUUUUGGAGAAACAAGAAAAGUACGACGGCCACCAACAGUUCUUCGCCAUCGUGCAGCUAAUAGGAACACGCAAGCAAGCGGAGAACUUUGCUUACAGGCUAGAGCUGAACGGUCACCGCCGGCGACUGACGUGGGAAGCCACGCCCCGCUCUAUUCACGAGGGCAUUGCGACCGCCAUCAUGAACAGCGACUGCCUAGUGUUUGACACGAGCAUUGCACAACUUUUCGCAGAAAACGGCAAUUUAGGAAUAAAUGUGACGAUCUCCAUGUGUUAAUAAAAAAAAGGCGUAUUGCAAAUUCUGCAGGGCCAGUGUUUAAAGACUUCUUUUUUUUUUUUUUUUUUUUUUUUUAGCUUUAUAUUUCACAUACUGCAUUUAAAGUUUGACUUUUUAUUGGCCGCCACGGACGGUGAUUUUGGAGGCACAGCCAAUGAACAGUAAUUACACAUACAGGAAGCAAAUGCAUGUAAAAACAAAAAAAAAAAUGAAAAAGAAAAAAAAAACACUAAUAUUUAAACAUCAACCACUGAAAAAAAAAAAAAAAUUAUAUAUAGACCCCUGACCCAGGGCAUCUUUUUGUAUUUAAAACUAAAGUUAAAAAAAAAAAAAAAAAAAUUGGAAAAAAACAAACAAAACGUAAAGUACCCAUUAAUUUGUGUUUUGUAGGUUGUACAGUGAAAUACUGCGUGUUUCUUUCCCUUCCUCCCCCUUCUAACGGAGAAGCCAUUUAUGCGCGGUAUUCUGCGUUCCUCAUUUGUACGUCACCUAUAUAUAUCUAUAUAUAUAGAAUUGCUGCUGAUUGUGUACAUUUUUCUGUGUAUUGCUAAUUUUUAUUAACUUCUAGUUUUUCAUUCAAUAAAUUUGACUUCCUUUUUCUGUAA